AUGAUAGGGUUAGGUCAAUACGCGGCUCUGAGCCUGGCCACCUUGCUAGGAGUUGUCUACCAUGCCUUCUACACGCGGGAACAGUUCUUCCCAGCCAUGCUCUACCUCUCCACCUCCAAAAUCUGCCUCGUUGUCAUGGGGAAUAUGGCCUUCGUCCUUCUCUUGCUUAUCGGCCAUAUCGUGAAAGCCGUUUUCCUCGGAAAGCUCCGGGAAGCUGAGGUUGAGAGGCUACACGAGCUGUCGCGGCACGAGAUCAUGGAGACGUGCCUCGCGAUGACGAUUUUCCGAGAGGAAUUUACCUUUUCUUUCGUCGGGAUGUUUUCUACCCUCCUUUUCGUGAAGAUUUUCCACUGGCUGGCUCAGAAACGGGUGGAGUAUAUCGAAACGACGCCCGCAGUAUCGCGGCUUUCGCACAUCCGGAUCACCGUGUUCAUGGUGCUGCUCCUGGCGAUGGACUGCGUGCUCGAAUUUCAGGCGGUCUCGUACCUUCUCAAGACCCGCUCCGCUUCCGUCCGGAUCCUCUUCGCCUUCGAGUACUUCAUCCUGGCGUCUGCGAUGCUGGCGAACAUCGUCAAGUACGUGUUGUACAUGGUGGACACGGUGAUGGAGGGGCAGUGGGAGCACAAGGCGACCUACAUCUUCUACCUGGAACUUGUGAAGGACCUCCUGCACCUGCUCGUCUACCUCGCCUUCUUCUCCAUCAUUUUCAUGACGUACGGCCUGCCCCUGCACCUCAUCCGCGACCUCUACGAGACCUUUGAUAACUCAAGCUUGUCAUUCUGCUGUUUCCUGCUCCCCUCGUGUCGUUCCUCACGCAAUGCCAACCAGGACGUACGGCCUGCCACUGCACCUCAUCCGCAACCUCCACGAGACCUCCUGCAACUUCCUUCAACGCCACUCAUCUUGACGUACGGCCUGCCCCUGCACCUCAUCCGCGACCUCUACGAGACCUUCCGCAACUUCCGCAUGCGAGUGGCGGACUUCAUCCGCUAUCGCCGCAUCACAUCCAACCUCAAUGAAAGGUUUCCUGACGCCACUCCUGAGGAGCUGGAGAGGGCGGACAGCACGUGCAUCAUCUGCAGGGAGGAGAUGACGUCAGCCAAGAAGCUUCCCUGUGGGCACCUCUUCCACGUGCACUGCCUGCGCUCCUGGCUCGAGCGCCAGCAGACCUGCCCCACCUGCCGCGCGCCCCUGCUGCAGCCCCAGGCGCAGCCCACGGCCCCCCCUGCCGCUGCUGCCGCCGCCGCCGCUGCGAGAAAUGCUGCCGCUGCUGCUGCUGCUGCUGGUGCUGCUGGCGGCGUUGCUGCUGGUGCUGGCGGUGCUGGUCUAGGGUUUGGGGUGCCAGGGGGAGCUGGGGUUGUGCCUCUUGCGCCUCCUGCUGCUGCGCCUGGUGUUGCUCCUGGUGCUGCUGCUGCUGCUGGUGCUGGUGCUGGCGCUGCUGGUGGUGGUGUGGGCGGCGUCAUUCCCUUGGGUCAGUUCCGCAUUCCUGCAGGUGGGGGUGCAUCUGGUGCAGAUGAGUCUGGUGACGGCACAUCUGGUGCAGGUGCAUCUGGUGCUGGUGCAGGCGAACAAGCACCUCAGAUCCCCCUCACUGCAGCUCAGGCCCAGGCCACUGGGCCGGCUGCGUCCAAUAGCACAGGUGCAGAUGCCUCUGUUGGCCUGAACAAUGGUGUGAGUGGUAACAGUGGUGGUAGCAGUGGCAGUGGUAGUGGUGGGAGUGCUGCUUCACCUAGUGCUGCUGGUGUGGAGCCCUCCCAAGGAAGCAGAGAGGGGGGACAGGGGCAAACAGAAGCAGUACGGCUCAACAGAUUGCUUGCAGCGUCAUCCCUUCUCGCCUUAUUCUUCACAACCACAACAGCCCAAACCUUUCUCACCUCCUUCCUGCACGGUUCAGGCAUAUUAGCCUCCCUCGUACUUUCAGACUCCUCCGAAUCCUGCCCGGGAAUCUUAGUUCAGCUGACCGUGGGGGGUAAUGUUGAAAAUAUUCCUCUCUCUCUCAUGGUAGAGCGGCCCAGGAGCCCAGCAGCAGUGACGGGAGGGGUACAAGUGAAGAGCACAAAAAAAGCGGAACAGCUGUUCCGGUUUCGCACUGAAUGGGAGAGCACAGCACCGACUGUAUAUUCUGUAAACAGCUGCCAGCCUGGCACCAACAUCGACUUGCCGUCGCUGGCCCGCCAGAAGGCGUACCUGUGGCCGGCAGAGAUGGAGUGGUGGAUCGUAGCGGAAGGGAGGAUGGCGGCGGCUCACAGGGACCCUGUGGGGGACGCCUCUCUUCCACCCCGAUUUCCCGCACCGAAAUACGGGGCUGAGUUUGCGAGCGAUGGAGUGGUGUAUGGCGGGGCGUACGUCAGCGAGUUACGGUUUAGCUCUCGUGUGGAGCUCAGCUAUACAAUCACGCUCGUCGGGCCCUCGACCAACCCAGUGGCAUUAGAACUUCAAUUUCUACAAAGCAUCUUGAAGGAUCGGAUUUUGGAUUGUUAUACGAGGGAGAGGUUUCUGGAUUGGUUUUUAGGAGUCUAA